AUGCAGGAUUGGGCUGAACAGUACGAGCAGAGUGCAGGCAGCGGCGAGAUUCCCAGCAGUGUGAUUACCAGCAGUGUGGUUACCAGCGCGCACAGCAGCAGGCGGAGCGAGUGGGAGGCAGCGAGCAGUGAGGGUGACAGCCAAAGCGCUCGCCACUGCAGCAGCAGGAAGCAGAGCAGCAGUCAAGAAUGCACCGAGGCCAGUACCAUAAGCAGCAACACAUGUGUUACACUGCCUGCUAGUCCCUCACCCCAGAAGAGCACUUUAGAGGAAAAGGAAACCACUGCUGCCCCUACAGCCUUCCACCCAGCCGCUUGUGGUGCUGCUGAUGCUCCCUGUAACACCACUGCUCCCACCGCUGCUGUCGCUGACGAUCCCAAAUGUUGCACUGCUGUUAUUGCUGCGAACAACAUCGCCGCCACUGCUGGUAUUCUCAAGGGCGCACACUGGGGGCUGAGCCGGGCGGCAGAUCAUAUCUUGGAGCAGGCAUAUGAGGAUCUGAGUGAGAGAUACGCGGUGGAGGGGCGGCAGCUGGGCAGCGGGCAGUACGGCGUGAUUCGGCGGUGUGUGGAGGAGGGCACGGGGCGCGUGUGGGCAUGCAAGACGAUCGACAAGCGCAAGAUUAAGGUGGGUCUGGUUCGGAGCUACUACAUCGCAAUGGCCCAAGCCAGUGACCUGCGCAGCGAGGUGGCAACCCUACAGCUACUCCAUGGGCACCCAUCAGUCAUCACACUCAUCGAUGCCGUUGAAGACUCCCACCACGUGCACCUCCUCAUGGACCUCUGCUCGGGCGGCGAUCUCUUCGACCGCAUCUCGCUGGGCGGCGCGCUGAGCGAGCAGUGCGCGGCCGGCGUGUGUCGGCAGCUAGCGGAGGCGCUGCUGCACUGCCACCGGCGGGGCGUGGUGCAUCGAGACGUGAAGCCCGAAAAUAUUCUCCUGUUGGGGGGCCGAGGAGGAGAGAGAGGAGACACCAAGGCUCCUCGGAUCAAGCUCGUAGAUUUCGGCAUCGCAAGGUUCUUCCGAGACGGGGAGAAGAUGCGGGACUGCCUCGGAACGCCCGAGUACAUGGCUCCUGAGCUACUCCUGGGGUCUUACGGGCCUGAAGUGGACGUGUGGAGCGCCGGCGUGGUGACUUAUGUGUCCAUCUGCGGGCAUCCGCCCUUCUGGGCGUCGGCUUCUAUGGGGCAAGCUUAUAAGGAGGAUGCUGCAUAA